AUGUGCGGUGGGUUUGUCUGUGGAUACAAACGGAAACCUGAAGAGGUCACGGAGGAGAGGUCGCGUAUAACCGGAUCGUUCCCAAACGCGUUGAGUCACACCGUCACGCCCACUCAUUUCCGUACACACACGACCACUGCCAUGACUUACCAGCUAUCCGCAGGCAGCUGUCGUCUAUUCCAGACCUGUACCCCCGAGGAUGCCGACGUGUUUAACACAGAACACACCGUCCAGUUCCUGUCCAUUAAGAAGGUCGGGAACACCAACAAUGGCCCCGACCGCUAUCGCAUCAUCAUGUCCGAUGGCGUGCAUUACAUGCAAGCCAUGCUCGCGACACAGCUGAACCAGCUCGUGCAGGACAACGUAAUCACCAAGUGCACCGUCGCGACCAUCGAGAAGCUCACUUGCAACUACGUGCAGGACAAGAGGCUGAUCAUUAUCCUCGCGUUGCGUGUCCUCGCACACACGACCGAGAAGAUUGGGGAUCCCCAGCAGAUCGAGCCUGCUGGUAAUGAUCAGGGAAUCAACUCGCCCGGGGCCAAUCAAGCGGCCUCGACCUCCACCACUCCCGCUCCCGGUGCAGCGCCCGUCCAGCGUCAGCAGGCGCCUCCUCCAAAACCUGGGCGUACGGGCAACAUCUACCCCAUCGAGGGCCUCAGCCCGUACCAGAAUAACUGGACCAUCAAGGCGCGUGUGACUCAGAAGUCUGACAUCAAGACCUGGUCCAACAAUCGCGGAGAGGGCAAGCUUUUCAACGUCACCCUCAUGGAUGACUCGGGAGAAAUCCGAGGAACAGCUUUCAACACCGUCGUUGAUGAACUUUACCCCAAGCUGGAAGAAGGGAAGGUUUAUUACAUUUCGAAAGCCCGUGUCAAUCUCGCCAAAAAGAAGUUCUCGAAUCUUAACAAUGACUACGAGCUUGGCUUCGAACGGAAUACGGAAGUUGAAGAGUGUCAUGAGGUUACAAACGUACCUACUGUCAAGUACAAUUUUGUCCCGCUGGAUGCUCUCGGUGAGCUUAACAAGGACGCGCUUUGCGAUGUCAUUGGUAUUGUGAAAGAAGCCUCCGAGGUUACUCAGGUCACCUCGGCCAAGCUCAACCGUCAGAUUCCGAAACGCGAACUGACGCUCGUCGAUCGAUCUGGGUUCUCCGUCAGGAUGACCCUUUGGGGAAAACAAGCUGAGCAGUACAAUGAAUCAGAGACAACUCCCGUUAUCGCUUUCAAAGGCGUCAAAGUCGGCGACUUCGGAGGUCGCUCGCUUUCUAUGUUUAGCUCGAGCACAAUGCAAGUGAAUCCCGACAUAGAAGAGUGUUUCUUGCUGCGUGGGUGGUACGAUUCUUCGGGUGCCGAACAGACCUUUAAGGCGCAUUCCAUCUCGAACACGGGGGGAUCCUCGUCUUUCGGGUUCAACCGCACUGAUAUGCAUAGUCUCGAGGAGGUCAAGCAGGCCGGCUAUGGAAUGCCGGAAAAGCCUGAACAGUUUUCUGCUCGGGCAACGAUUAUGCAUAUUAGGUCGGAGAACAUUUCAUAUCCUGCCUGUCCGACGUCGGGCUGCAACAAGAAGGUCAUCCAAAUCUCAGAUGGCUGGCGGUGCGAGAAGUGCAAUCAGGUGUUCCCUGCUCCCGAGCAUCGGUACAUUAUAUCGAUGGCUGUAGCUGACUACUCGGGUCAAGCCUGGCUUCAAGGCUUCAAUGAAGUUGGCGUAGAAGUGUUCGGAAUGACCGCCAAUGAGCUGUUGGAGAUUAGGGACCGCGACAUUGCCGAGUACAAUGCUAUUAUGCACAAGGCCAACUGCAACACUUUCAACUUCUCCUGUCGUGCUAAGCAAGACACCUAUCAGGAUACCACCCGCAUUCGAUACGGGAUUUCGCGCAUGUUGCCCAUCGACUACAAGGAGGAGGCUACCAUCUUGCGUGACCUACUCUAUUCUCAAUGGGCUCGGUGA